UUUCGAACUUGUAGGAAAGUCUGUCAACAUCAAUGGCUCCAAUCCUCGGUUAUUGGGAUAUUCGCGGGGUAAGUUUCUUGUCAUUUUAAAGGAUGGAAUUGCUUUGUUUUCAUUGCACAGUCGAUUACAUUUUCCACGUGUCUACGAAAUUCGCGCAGCAGCGUGAAGUCAGUAAAUUUGAAUAUGGGAUACUUAUUUCCUCCACCAGCUAGCGGAACCCAUUAGACUUUUACUGCACUACACGGGAACAGAAUUUAAAGACGAGCGUUAUGAAUGCGGCGAUGGUAAGAACUUUUUGUGUAACUUGUUAUUUCAAAAUAUGCUAAUCAUGAUGUUCGACUACUUUCGUGCUCUGCGUGUGAGUCAGCUUUUUUGGUGGAGAGCAGCCUAGAGUGAAAUUAUGCGGACUUAGAAUGUAGAGCAUACAUGUGUUUCUGCAUUAGCCAAAACCAUGAUCGAUGUGAUCGUCUGGCUGUCUAGUACAGGAUAAUUUUGUGGAAGCGGGGGGUGUCGUGAAGAGGGGACGGGGGCGGAGGCGAUUCAAGAGUAAAGGAGGAAAUAAGAGUUCAAUUGUUUUGGUGCCCAAUAUUUCCAUUGAAAAUUAGCCAGAAGAAUUAUCCGAGUAGACAAGCCGCAAUUUGAGAAAAAUCUGGUAAACACUUACAUAAAUUUGUACCCCAAGUCAGAGCUAUCUGAGAGAGCUUACAUGGUUGUCUGGCACCCCUAUUAGCUGAUGAAACAAUAGGGGAAUGACUCAAGCUGUGCUCUAGAUCUUUCCUUUACUUCAAAAUCUCUGCAGUGGGAGGAGGCAUGGAGGGAGGUCAUCUUAUUACCUGAAAGUUUUGGACACGCGAAUUUUGCAAUUAAUACAAAAAAAAUUGCAAAAUUAAAAUGACACAAACAAUGAGUGUCGCGAACAUGAUGCAAAAAUUAAGUGACUCACCAUUAUGUCCAUACUCAAGAAAGAAUGAUUUUAUUACCACUGUCAACGUUUACACUUAUCACAUUUUUUAACUUUUCUGAGGAAUUUUAUGUUGAGGUCAAUUGACUCUGCAACUACAAUAAUUCACGUACAAGCAUGAACUGCUUGUGGACAUUGUGAGAACUGCUUUGACAUUUAGUCCCGCUCUCCUCUUGAUCUUAAUUUUGACGUUUAUAUAGUUCCUUUGAUAAAGUUACUUUAUUUAAUUCAAAGAAAUGUUAAAUACUGCAUUGCCUUAAUGUAAAGUAAAUUGUUGUACUAAAAGAAUGCAAAUUUAAAGUAAUUCAAAAUAUAAAAUUUUCGUAAAAUCGUGAAAUUUAAGUGUCACGAAAUAUUGCGCACAUCAAAAUCGUGAAAUAAACAUUUCGUGAAAAUUUCAUGUAAUAAGGUGUUUUAAAUAUUUCUGUCUAAAAGGGGCAAUUAUUGAAGGGAGGCAAUUAAUUGAGGAAUGCCUAUUAUUUGAAGAAAUAUCCAUUUUUUUUUUUGCUAAAAGCUCUAUGCCUAAUUCUGCAAAAAUGUAUGGCAGGUCUGACACACCUCAUGGCUUCACUAUUAUAAAGAAACACUGGAGAGGUUCCUUGCCGGCUUGCAGCCAUACACCCAUCCAAAGUGUUUGGUUCUUUGCUAAUCUAUGAUCCUGAUCUCAGCUGAGAUCUGGAUGUGAGGCUAGUUCAACUGUGAUGCUGGUUUCAAAUUCUCAAUUUUUUUCAAUUCAAGGCAAUAUAUUUAUGUAUCAUGAAUUCUAAUUUAAAGGAUUUAAAUGUUUUAAGCCCUGGCUACCCUCCAAUAGAUAAUAAUCAUGAUAAAAUAAAAACAAUAUUGUAAAUAAAUACAGUACAGGGAACCUCGCGGGUUUGCAUAGACAAUAAUCAUCAUAAAGUAAAAACAAUAAGUGCCCCUCCCACCAGGGGUGGGGGAAAUAUAAAUUAUAACAUAGCGCGCGUGCUUGCCCUAUAUAAGUCCUAUUGAGCCGCUAUGAACAAAAUCUUUAUUUACGCACGCCCGUGCGUAAAUAAGAUGACGUAAGCAUUCUUUUUUUACCUGGCUGCAAAGUUGUCGUCUUUUAAGCUGCAGUGCAGUUUUCCUUCUCUUUAAAAUAUGGAAGAAACCAGCGAAGAAGUGCCCAAUUUUUCUAUCGGCAUUGACCUUUUAGGUCCUGAUCCAACAAGCAGCAAGAAUAAAGUCGAAUUAAAAAAAAAACUCGCAAAGUUACGCGUUUUCGCAAAUUUGUCGGAAGACCAGCUGCAGCAAAUUUUGGCGAAAAGACAUUCACUGGGAACAGAACAGACACCAACUGGUCAUCAAAAACAUUUAAAGGUAAAAUUUCCGCUUUUGUUGUUUUUAAAUUUGUUAUGCACUUUUGUUAUCUCCGGACAAUCUGACUGAAGCAGGAAAAUUUCUCUCUCGCAAUAACAACACAAAUUACACAAGAAGACAUAAAUUUAUUACUCACAAAAACAACUGCUGCCAGGUCUUCUCAAGAAGCCGUAAUGACCAGCCCAUGUUCGUAAAUGAAUAUGAGUUUAAAGAAGGAUGACAGUCGCCUUCGCAAAGACAUGUUUUCUGGAUUUCGCCGAGCAAAACGUAAACAUCUUUUUCAGCAAAUCCAAACCAUACUCCACGACUUCUUACGCACAGUAUUUUUAACUUUAGGAGAACUUUUAAGACUCUUUUACCUUUGUUUCUGCUUAGUUUCCAUUGAUCGUUAAUCGAAUAAAGAAGCAAAUUUUCUUUCUCAGUUUUACAGAAAGAAUAUUUUCAUUCAAACUAGACGAUUGUGGCGUGUUCGUAAUCACCCAAUAGAACCGUUUGUUAUUGUGUAAAUUUUGCAGUUCAUCAAAAAGCAAGUUUUUGUCAGCAGGAAAAGAAUUUGCUCUGACAGGUUUACAUGAUUCCUGCCUCGGCAACUCUUACGCAUCUUCGUGCUCUCCAAACUUCCCGACCAAUAUACUCAGGGUUUUAAAAUAACUGAGAACCUGAUGGUACUGCCUUUGCCAAUACUGGGUCUUAAAAUAACUGAGAAAUGAAGGUACUGGCUUUGUCCUUCAGACGGCUAGACCUUUGCACUGCAUGGCUCAAAUGACCAUGCAUCCCAUCUGAUAGGGUGCGAUAAAAAAUUUGGAAAUUGUGUGAUAUUUUCAGGGUAGAUUGUGUGAUAAGAUGGGACUAUUAUGUGAUAAAUUAAUUUAUUUGGGGAUUUUAAAAUGGCGGUUCCGUCUGCAGUAGGAGACGCAAAAGAUAGUGUCCCUGGCAAUUAUUACUUUCAUACUAAAUAUGGUAAUGACUCAAAUAAAGUGCUUUUAAAAGCCACACCCAAAAUGUGAAGAUUUAGUUGUAUACAGGAGGUUUCAACCAUAUAGGACUUUGACUCAAAUGUCUGUGGGUGUCUUGGUGUCUUGGAAGGCCAUCUCUUAGUGGUCACAUAUGGAGGUUUGACUUUAUAUGCAACAAUGUUUAAAAAUAAUAUCAUUGUUAUUUUUUUUAAGUACCUCACUCUUUGAUUAAAUUUUAGCUCCUGACUACAACAGAGAUUGCUGGUUUUCAGUUAAGUUCACGCUGGGGCUGGAUUUCCCUAAUGUAAGUGAGAAAUUGAAUUUAAGAAAUAUGUGAAUGUAUUAAGUGCGAUAAUGUGAGUGGAUCAUUCCAGGUUGGAAUUGAAUCCACCACUUUCUGUACACUAGUUGGAUGGUCUAACUACUGACUUUUACAGUACUGAGGACUGUGAUGGUGAGCAAGUUGGACAUCAGAGCUGUCAUUAGAGGGCCGUAACCCAUAUCACUUGUUACAGCUGAGCUCACUUCAUGUUACAUGUGAGCAAAGUGGAAAGCUAACGAUGACACUAGAAAUUAUUCUGAGAUGUUACGGGUGAAUCUCCAUUCGCGGAGUACAGCUGCUUCAAAACUUGAUGACAGCCCUGCAUGGCCGCAUGGCACAGCCACAUUUUUUUCAGAUGAAAGCAUGCAUUUAAUUAAGGUGCACUGUUGUGCAGUCAUGUAAAUACUAACUCCCUGAAAAAUAUCUAAUAGAUGAAAAUCAAUAAUAAUUCAGUUGUAGAAACUUUUGUAUUGAAGAUGAUUAUGUUGUGUUUUACCCAUUUUAGCUUCCUUAUUAUAUUGAUGGCGAUAUCAAGAUCACCCAAAGCAAUGCAGUAAGUACAUUGUAAUUAUUAAUGAUAAUAAAUUAUUAAUAAUAGUCACGACUUUGUGGAUGGGCAUCACAGGCAGACUUGGUAGCUGAAAAACAAAAUUGAGGGAUGGGGUUGCAACCCCAGGCCAUGUCCCUCACACUGGGUAGCUGGAAAAAAAACAUUUUUUUUUGCCUUACUGUCUAUGAAUGGUCCCUUACCUGCUGAGCUAAAAUUUAGGGAUAACACUGGUUGGGGGGUGGUCGUCUUGCUUGGUGCUAGCAGAUAGCCCACUACCAGACCUGACAAUGGGUGAGGAGGUGGCAGCUCUGUGUUAAAAAGAUGGGUUAGGGAUAGGGGGAAGAUCAGCCCAGCCAAACCAUUAGCAAUCAUUGCUUGACUACUCUUGGUUGUGAUGGGUGGGGAGGGUGAGUUCUUUUGCAUUUGGCUCUAUAGAAACUGGGCACUCUAUCAAAUCCAGGCAGGAAUGUAAUGUCACUAAUUUAUUGGUAUUCAGUCUUUUUCAUUGUAACAAGUUUCUUUUUUUAAUAAUUUUGAACAAUUACCGUUCAUAAUUAGUUUAAUUUGUUUUCUUUUACUUGAUUGGAAAACCCUUGCAACACAACAAUAUUCCAGUAAAUAGAUUUUUUUUUACAUAUACAGUAAAAUUUCUGUUAUAAAAUGGAUAAUAUUGUUGUUAUAAACUCUCAGAUCAUGCGUCACAUUGCAAGAUUGAAUGACCUGUGUGAGUACAUUUACAUAUUUUUAUCAAUUAGUUGGUUCUUUAAUACAGUAUAAUAAUAUAUGGUUGUUUUAAAAAUUUAAUACUAUAUAUGCAUGUAUGACGUAAGUAAACUUGAACAAGCACUUGUGGGUGGUUUCUCCUUCCUUUCUAGUCCUUCUCUUUUGUUGCUGAUCACGUGAAGGACCGUGAAGAAGAAUAAAGCACAUGGUGGCAUUUGUUUGUGUGACCACUUCCAUUAUUUGUCAUUUUUUUUAAGUACAGUAGAACCCUGAUAUCUCGAACUCGGAUACAUUUGUCACUCGAACUCUCUGUUAGCUUGAACUAAGUCCAUGAUUUCUCCUGGAUUUCAAUUCACCCCACUUUUCAGUCAAAUUUAUUCCGUUAACUUGAACUCGGAUAACUCGACUUCCUCGCUGACUCAAACUUCAGAAAUUUCCUUUCCCUUGAUCAAAAUUUCACUGACAUUAUUUUUAAUACCCCAAUAGCUCUAAUUCUGGUUCCUGUAAUUCCACUCAGAUGCCAUUCCAUUAGCUCAUCUUGUUGUAUAAUCGGUAAAACCGCGAAAACUAACACUACAGCAAUUUGAUUUUGGUGGCUGAUCACGUUUUAUCACCAAAAGCAUAAUUGUAUCAACGUUUCUGAUACAAAAAGUUAAAUUUGCAUUGUACCAUACACUGAAUUGCUGAAAAAUUAGUAACUGUUAAUUAUGAAGAUGGAACUAAUUUGACAUUCAAUUGACCCAGCUAACUCCAACUGUUUUUCGGACGUCAAUUUACAGGUGGAUCUACUAAACAAGAGAAAGUUAGAGUCGACAUAUCAGAAAAUCAGGCCAGUUUGAUCUUCAUAAGUUUUCCAUAAUCAUACUAUUACUUACUACAUAGACCCAGUGCAAAAAUGGCUGCUGCGUUAGCAUCCUUUCGUUUAAAUUAAAUUUACGCUGACCUCAAUUUUUUUCAAUUCACUUUUCUUUCUAGCUUCAAACGUAUUUUCCUUCAACCAUUUCCCAUCAUCUGUAGUGUCCCUUUAACAAAGGAUAUGGUUGCAGGCAGUUUGUGGUGAACAAAUCGUUAACACUUUUGAUGAAAUGACUCGCCUUUUCCCUUCUUUCUCCAAAAAUACAAGUGCAAAUUAAUUGAUUUAAACCCAGUACAUUCCAACAUUUUUAUAACAAUGUAUAACUGUGCCUCUGAGGCCUCUCGUGUGAAGAAACUUUUAAUCAGACUGGUUAUCCCUUAUAAUUGGCGCCUAAAUGGUGGCGUGCGCUUUUCAAGUGAAUAUUUUUAAUCGUUGAGUCAUUUUGGAUAAUUAGUUUCUGCAAACUCAUUCCUCCUUAAGGUGACACGGGACUCUCGUGUAACUCCUUCAGGUGUUACACGGGACGAUUCGCAACGACGAUUUUUAGCGCAACACACAACAUUGUUCCAGCAUUGCAACGCUGUGUUCCGCUAAAAAUCGUCGUUGCAAAUCGUCCCGUGUAAACGUCACCUUUAGUCUCAGUGCAAUCAGUUGACAUUAAUGAGGCCCGUGGGUUGGGACGGUGGGAAUAUUUUUAGGGUUUUAGGGCCAGUUUACAUGGAGUGGGGGACCCCGGUCUAGUGGGGUAGGUUUCUUUUGUUUUGUGUCCCCCAGAGCGUGAAAACAAAAAAAGAAACCAACCCCACUAGACCGGGGUCCCCCACUCCAUGUAAACAGGCCCUUAGUUAUUGUACUGCUUUUUAUAAGCCGCCAAUUCUCUGUUCUUGUACUGGUAAACUUCUCGUUUUCAUACAAACAAUGUUUCCUGCUAGUCUAAGUCUUAUGACAGCCUGGAGUGAAAACCUCUUUGCGUCUUGGUUAAGUCUUUAUACUCACUGCUCUUUGUUUUUACAGCUUAUGGACUGGCGCAAGAAGUUUACUGGACUGUGUUAUAAUCCAGACUUUGUGAGUGUCUACCUUAGCAAUCUUCACUAUGUCCUUUAUACUUCUCUUCUGGUUUCUGAGUCAGAUGCAUUUGUCUUGAAACACCACAGUUCAGAGUCCUCUAGAAGUUCCGGCAACGGGCGAAAAUCUCCGUUUAGUCGUCAUGAAAGCAACUUGUUAUUCACAAUAAAAACAAACAUAUGAAACAAAUUUAAAAGUAAAACAAAGGUCUCGUGGCUAAAACUUCUUCCCUGGUCACUUAAAAUGCACUAGAAGGCACUUUUGAGGGUCCUGGGAAGCCAUCAGACUCUUAACUGACCCUGUACAAACUCUGUGAAAUUUGGCGACUUAGCGGGUGUUCACAAGAGAAAACUCGCACCGUCGCGAGUUUCAUACCGGGAUGACUUUUUGAUUUCGUAUCGCGUUUACAUUAUGACUGGGUACAACAACCGGGGUGACUCGCGCCAACAUGGCAUUUUGUGGUGGUACCAUGUAAACAAAUAUAGAGCCAUGAGAGGGAACCGGAGGGAACUCACUCUGGCGCGAAAGUCGCCCUUCUGUCAUGUAAACAGCCCCUUAGUGGAGCCAAACUCUUCGUUAUUUUUUAACAAAUCUCUCUCAAAGGUGGCAAAUUUAUUAAAGCGGUUUUCGCAUCGUUUUCGACGCAUUUACGGCACCUGAUCCAUGCCAAAAGUUGAAAAAACCGUGAAAGGGUCUAUUUUCGUUGCAUUUAGCUUUUUUUCUUUUCCACAGGAUAAACUUAAAGAGGGCUAUAUUAAAGACAUUAAGGCCACCUUUCAACAAUUUUCUGACUUUCUCGGAGAGAGGAAGUUUUUGGCUGGAGAUAAGGUAUUUGUAAAUUCUUGUGUCGGAUAUUAAAUUGGGACAUAUUAACAUCCCAAAAAUAAUGCUUGCAAUUAUUGCCUGCGCUAUCCAACGCAUCGAGUGUGAACAACAGGUGUUCCCAACCGGCAUGCUCAAGUUUCUUUAAAUAGAUCUGUCAAUUUACGUUUUUGGGAAACUGCCCACCUACCCCUCCCCUAAGCUAGCAUUAAUACUUGCUUUUCACUGUGGGCAAAAUGAUGGCGUAAGGGAGGGGUAGGUGGGCAGUUUCUCAGAAAGCUAAAUUGAUCCUUAAAGCUUUUAUCUUAGGUGACCCACCCCAAUGUAAGUUCACAUUUGUAAACUGAAAUAACAUGACACGUUAGCAUCUGUCUUCUUAUUGGAUAAGAGCAGGGUUCUAUAUAGGAUUUAUUGUUUGGGGGAGAAGUCCCGAGUGACCGAAGGGCACGAGCUUCCUAGGGGGGGUCCAGGGGCAUGCUCCCCCCGAAAAUUUUUUGAAAGGAAUGAUGCGCUGAGAAUCAGGUACAUUUUGGGACAAUUUUGUGAAAUGUUUUGUCCUUAGAAAGGGAAUACUUACUUCAUGUGCGCUGACCUCGUCGCGUCUGGAUGAUUUUUCCGAUAUACAGUGAAACCUCUAUUAAGCGGACACCUACGGGACCUAUCCCAAGUGUCCGCUUGAUAGAGGUUUGUAAGAAUUGUGCAAUGUUCGUUAGCGAUUAACUUUCAACUGUUUGAAAGUUCCAUGUUGUUAAGGAAGCUAAGGAAUCCGUGCUGUUUUUUGUGCAGGACUUUCGGUCUAAUCUACAGUUUAUUGACAGCUAAAUGUUACUAACUAACAACUAACGGGAACUAACGGGAAAUUUCUCAUGCCCAUGGUCUCUCUUGUUUUGCGGGAAGAAUUAGUACAGGUAAUAGCAUGAUUUGUAGUGAUAUUUGGCAUAAAUACCACGAGUGAUAUUUCGAAAUCUUUAUACGUAAUUUCACUCGCCUAACGGCUCGUGAAAUUUGAGACAAUUUUGAAAUAUCACAAGUGGUAUUUAUGCCAAAUAUCACGUACAAGUCAUGCUAUUAUUUGUUUAUACUACUGCCCUCAAAAGGUUUGUAAUUUUCGCAUGUAGGUAUUAUAAAUUAAGCUGAAAUACCACUGCUCUAAGCCAAUCAAAUUGCAGAAAUUUCUCAUGCAGUAGUAUUAAGAGAGAAAGAGCAAGGAAUCAAGCUUGUGGCAACACUAACGCAAUCUUCACUGGAAUAAUUUCGUUCCUGAUACCUUUGUUAAGGUAUUUGUAAGGUGAUGUUUUAAUUGAAUGUAUUAUAUUUGAGCGUGUGUCUUUCUUUUCAACCCUGUUUGAUUACAGAUCUCAUUUGUGGACUUCAUCCUUUUUGAAGCCUUGGACGAGCAUCUCCUGUUUGAGGCUUCUUUGUUGGACCCCCAUGUCAACCUUAAGGUAAUUGUCUUUAGCAAGGCUUUCGAUAAAGCCGGCCAGAAAAAAAAAAAUAAAAAAAGCUCUGGACUGCCGUCCUCCUUCCAGUUUAACGACUUGCGGUUUAUCGACAGUGAUGGCGUCACUAAAUCAAUGUUGGUCACGUGUUCCUUAUCCUAUUUUCUAAUUGGCUCGUCUGCUGUUCGAAUCAACGUUGUUGGACGGCCAUGUCAACCGUAAGGUAAAUGUCUUCAGUAGGGCUUUCGAUAAAGCUGGUCAUAACUUUUAUAAUGGUCGUCCCUCAUCUCUUUCUCUCUCUUUUUUUUUCAGGAAUAUCGUUCUAGGAUUGAGGUAAACAUGUUAAUGAUAAUAAUGGAAUUUAUAUAGCGCUUAUACAUCGCUGUUCUAAGCGCUUUACAAUGUAAAAAAGGACAUAAGAAUAUCAUUAAUCACAAGCUUACAUAUAACCCUACUGUACAUAUUGGGAAAUUUAUAGCAUACACAUCUUAAAAAGGAAAGAAAACAAAAACAAAUAUGAUGAAACUAAAUGUCAUAUACCUUUUUAAAAAGAAACGUUUUCAACUUAGAUUUAAAGAGAUUAACAUCAGAACAAGCUCGAAUUUCAAAGGGGAGCUUGUUCCAUAGUCGGGGGACAGCAACGGAAAACGCUCGCUGGCCAUAACUUUUCAUGUUAAAAUUUGGUUCUUUUAAGGCGUAAAUGAUCCCUUGAUGACCGUAAUGUCCUUGAUUGAUGGUAAAAUUUUAAAAUAUCUUCAAGAUAACGGGGACCGGAGCCAUUCAAUGUUUUAAAAGUUAUUAAAUUUAUUUUUAUUUUUAAUUUAUUUUAUUUUUUAAUUUAUGUUAUCUGUGAGCAGUCAACAAGCGCCUUACUACUGACGCAUCUUUUAGCAAUUAAUUCUCCAAAACGAAACUAGCCAUUUAUGAUGAUAGCAUUUGCCUUCUUAUGAGCUUUUGCCGCGUUAUUCUGUCUACCUGUCGGUCCAAAAUAAUACCGAUAAUCGACCGAUACGCUAUCGACUCGUUAUACCGUAAAGAAGGUUGCGUCCGAGAAAGGACCGACGCUUUUGCCGCGUUAUUCUGUCUACCUGUCGGUCCAAAAUAAUACCGAUAAUCGACCGAUACGCUAUCGACUCGUUAUACCGUAAAGAAGGUUGCGUGCGAGAAAGGACCGACCCAAAAUGGAAAAUAAUGGAAAAGAACUUCACCAGUUAAGAUUCACUGAAUGAUAUAGUGUUCGUUGAUGUCUUUUUCAGACAAGUAGCUCUCGAUUUUUCUUCGUCGUGGAUAAGUAAACCAUGUUUUUUUUCCCCCUUGUCUUUUAGGAGCUGACUUCCAUUGCUGCAUACAGAAAGUCAGAAAAAUUCAAGGCCCAUCCCAUAAACAAUAAAAUGGCGAAGUUCCUAUAAGUUUAGAGGAAGAUAACGUAACGAAAGCUCUUGUGAUGCAUGUUUCAGUAUCAGAUUACAGGGGCAGAUGUGCUUCAAAAGCUACAGUAACCAUGUCGUGUAUCUAUUCGUACGAAAGAGUGUUCGUCGACUGUGAAUAAAUACAUGACGCUAACUAUU